AUGGAAAAUUCAUACACCCUUCUUGCAGAUUUGAAAGCCGGGAUAUGCUUUAACGCUGUGGAGGUUCGUUUGCUGAGGUUCUGGGAGGCUAGAAAUGUGAGGAAAGGUGGUGAGUUGAAGAGUGUUGAUCUGCUUUUCGUCGACGAAAAUCUUCUUGACUUGGCCAACACCGGCAAGCAACUGCCUGAUGUUAUUGGUGAGGUGAAUGCAAUCAGGAGCACAAUCACUAACCUUAUAGCAGGUUCUCAGUGUGUGAUGCUUACUCUGCGCCUGCAUAGUGGUGAGAACGUUUGUAUUAGAAUGUUUGAUUCAAUGGCUGUAGCGUUCCAUUCAAAGUUUGACGGCUAUGAGAAAGAACCCAAAAUUAUCCUUGUCACAAGCGUCAAUCCUAAAAUAGUUGGAGGCCGUCUAUUUAUGAAUGCAACUUUCGGGACACACCUCUACUUCGACUCUGAGACCGCUGUUGGGAAGGAAGUGUAUAACACUUUGGUUGGUGAGGGAUCAUCCCAAUCAAGUUCUUCAUCCAAGAUCGUGCAUGCCCAAAAGAUUGAGCCACUGACGGUUUCUGAGCUUAACCACUUCAUCAACACUGCUGACUCUCAAAUUAUUGAGUUCCUCUGCACGGCUAAAAUUACUGGCAUCCAGCAGGAAGACGGUUGGUCAUAUAUUGGUUGUUCCAAGUGUUCAAAGAAGCUGGUACGAGAGGUUUCUUCCUUUACAUGUGUUUCACAUAAUGAAACCAAUGUCGUAGCCACUCUGAUCGCUAACAUUAUAUACAUUAGGUACCGCGUCACACUCUCUGUGUCAGACCACACUGACACUGCAUCCUUCCUUGGUUUUGAUAUGGAGAUGGCUAAACUGACUAACAUUCAAGCCUCUAAGGCUGCACAAAUUGUGGUAAGACAUGAAGUGAAUCACUAG